GAGUGAAAAAAUUGUCAUCACUGUAUGCCGAAAAAAGCACACUAAAAAAAUGGCGUUAUUUGCAACUCUUGAAGUGAAAAAAUCGAGCAAAAAUUAAUUUUUAUCGUUUUUAGUGUAUAGAAAUUAAUAAAAGAAAUUUUAAACAUAGUGAAAAUUUAUUGAAAAAGAUACGUAAUUAUUAGAAAUUUAUGUAAUUUCAUUUAUCAAAAAUUUAGAUUUAGAGAAAACUCGAGAAAGUAGAGCCGCUGCUGAUCAAGAAAAAAACCUUCAACCAUGGCCGGUGGCAAUGCGCCACGCGUGAUACAAAUCACGAAUAUUGCACCACAAGCCACGAAAGAUCAAAUGCAGGCCUUGUUUGGUAACAUUGGUAAAAUCGAAGAGAUUCGAUUGUAUCCAACCGUACGAGAUGUCUCUUGCCCAGUGCAGUCUCGCAUAUGUUAUGUGAAAUAUGUUGAUAGCACCUGUGUGCCGGUGGCGCAGCAUUUGACGAAUACGGUGUUCAUAGAUCGAGCGUUAAUUGUUAUACCUGUGUUGGCAAUACCGGAAGAAUAUCGGGCCUUGGAAAUGUCGAAGAAUGGUACCAUUGUGCCGGGUUUGCAAAAACCGGAUUCAAAAUUACCACCGGAAGUAGUUAAUCGCAUAGAGGGACAAUCUCCCCAACAGGUCAUUAAAACUUAUGAUCCCAAAUUAAUGGAAAACAACUUACCCGAGUAUCCAGCCUUGCCCUCGUUUUACGACGCACGCAAGAUUGAGGAAAUAAGACGCACCAUAAUUGUGUGCGAUGUUAAGAAUGAAUGGCGUUUGGAUGACCUUAUGGAGUGUUUUCAACGUGCUGGCGAGGUGAAAUAUGCUCGUUGGGCUGAAAAAGACAACAAAACCUAUUGUAUGAUUGAAUUUUGUGAUCAGCCUAGCAUAAUUAAUGCUUUGAAAAUGCAUGGCCAGGAGUUUAAGGGUGGCUAUUUAAGUGUUUAUCAUUCGACGGAUGCUAUCAUGAAACCGGAGGCCAAGUCGAAUGAAGCUGCUCAAAAGGAAAUCGAGGAGGCCAUGACGAUUGUUAAGGAGGCCCAGAACAUGAUAUCGGCGGCUAUAGAUCCUGUGAUUGGCAUGUUAGCUAAGGAUAAAAGACGUCGUUCCCGUUCUAGAUCACGUUCGAGGGAUAGACGCACUAGUCGUUCGCGUUCUCAUCGUUCAAGGUCACGAAAACGUUCCCGUUCACGCACACGCAGGCGCUCACGCAGCAAGUCAAAACGACGCUCACGUUCUCGCUCUCGUAGCACACGUUCACGUAAGCGAUCACGUUCCCGUAAACGUUCUCGCUCACGUCGUAAAAGCCGCACCCGUUCUAGAUCCAAGCGACGCUCUCGUUCACGUGAACGCCGUAGUAAACGUUCUCGCUCCCGUCAUCGCCGUAGUUCCUCUAGAGGGCGCCGUUCACGCUCCCGCACAAAGCGUUCCCGUUCUCGUGAUCGUAAACGUUCUCACCGCACACGUGAAGAGAAGCGCCCAAUACGUUCUUCACGCUCAACCAGCAAACGUCGUUCCAUAUCGCCCUCACCAGCCACUGUUCGGUCACGUUCCAGUCGCAGCAAAGAUAUCGGACCACCCAUUAUUAAAUCAUCUAAUAACUCCUCUUCCUCUAAAAAUCGUUCGCGUACACCGGCUGAUCGUAAGCUUAAAACAAUCUCUGAAGAUAUAGAAGUCAAGAGCACAAGAUCUAGUGUUGAUUCAAAGUCUCGCAAAUCUGUCAGUGUUGAAAAAUCGGACAACAUGGAUAUUUCAAAUUCACCAUGAUGAUUAUAUAUACAAUAAUGAUAACAAACAAAGAACAAACAAACAACAAAAAAGUUUAUAUAUGAACAUAAAUAAUUAUUUGUAUUUUUUAUUUUUAUUGCCUUAAUUUUAAAUAAUUACUUUUUCAAGCUUAUGAAAUUGUAGACCAUAGUGUAUUUCUCCUUCUACCUUAAAAUUACAUUCUAAUUGUAGGUUUUUUUCUUAUAUUCCUAUAUAAUUUUGUGUGUAUUCUUUUGCAGCAUAAGCAUUUUUCUUUUGUUUUAUUCUAUCUUAAGUAAAGAUAACUUACAAUUUAAUUCAUAUGUACUCGUAAUUAACUAAAAGAUACAACAAGAAGAGAAUUUACUUUUAAUUUUAUUCCUUUAAGAAA